AUGCUGCAUGGGUCUUCCGUCUUUGUUUUGGUUGGGAGAAAAAUCCGUAAAAUCUGUAAAAAAAACCUCAAAAAGUGGAAAAUAAUCAACAUUUCUUACGAUAUUACCAUUUUGGGUGUUGACGUGCCAUCUCAGUAAACAGUUCCCGGUGUCGUUCUCAUUAAUUUCAAUAUAUAGGGAUUUAAGUCUGUGAUAAAUGGUGAUCGACCCCGAGCUGUUCCUAGCAAGAGACGGCGGGGAAUUACAACACCGCGGCGUUAAACAACUUUUGGACUUUUGUUAACGGAAAAUAAUCCCAGACGACGGCUCGAGGAUGGAAUCGCUCGAGAGCUUCGAACCGCUCGUCAACCCGAUUCGCGUGUAUCGUAAUAACCGUAACCGUACGCUGAAAACAGGCGAAGAGAAAUUGGCAGAAGUACUGGCGAAGAUUGCUUCGAUGCAAAAGUCCGCCAAUGAAACAGGCAUCGACCGGACGAAAGUUCGUACUUACGCAGUGAAGCUUCGACUAAAGAAGAGUUAUGUAUUACGCUAUAAGUGUUACGACUGCGGCAGCUGUUUCGCGAACCCAGAGUUUCUUGAGAUGCACGAAGAAUCUCACCUGGAACCUCGUAGAGGAGGUGACAUCGAUCUGCGACAGGAGACACCGGCAUCGGGCAAGCAGAGAGUGAACCUGAAGCAGAACGCUUGGUUUGUGGGAGACUUUGAAGAUGACUGCGACGAGGGCGACGAGGACGGCGAGGAGGAGCAUAUCGUACAGCUAGACUGUACAGUAGAGGAGGGCGAAGACAUCUUCGACAUCACGUUCGACCGGACCAAGUGCGAGAAGACGUACACUAUGAAGUACAAGGUAAAGAAAGAACCGGUGGGCAAGUGCGAAGUCUGCGAGAAGUUGUUCUAUUCCCACGACUGCUUGAAGCUGCACAAGCUGGAGCACGAAAAGUUUCUGGACAUUGCAAACAUUGAGCCUAGUAUCAACAUAAAUCGCUCCCCACCGAUUGAGGAGAGCACCAUGACGCUGGAUGAUAGCUUCUACGAAGCGCUCGAUGUAAGCGAUAUUCUCGAGCGAAAUGGAAGUGCUGGCAUUGGUAGGAAAAGUGCAUCUCUCGACGGUGUAUUGCUGUGUGAUGGGCAACGAAAUCCGGAAGCUGGAUUUACUCUUAAGUAUAGUAUCACUCCGAGAUCUUCUGGCAAAAGUGCAGCAUUUGAAAGAGCGGAAAAAAGGCUUUCGGCCGAGACGAAUGGUCAGCUCCAGUGUCAAUUGGCUCCGGCGGAACAACAAACGUUAAUCGUGAAGAUGGAGCCUCUUUCAGAAACUGAGAUAAAGCAAGAACCAGUGGACCCGAUUGUCGAUUCAGAUUUCGAACUGACUGACGACGGUGCAACGCUGGAAACGGUUUUAUCUCUACAAAUUAAAAAGGAAGAGCCUAUUGAGCCCGAAGAGAAAAGGUUGCGUCUUGAUCUAGCCAACGAAUGUUGAUGGGUGGUGUAUUGAAAGUAUUCUAAGACGGUCACCGAUCCGCUCUCAUAUGAUUCGCCUCUUUGGUUGGGAGGUGCUCUUGCCAUCAACAUACCAGUGUGACCAAACCGUCCGAUUCUUAUAGCUGGAGUAGGCGGAUUGUGCUAGCGUACAUUUGUGUAUGAGUGGUUCCGUUAGGGAGCUUUUACCAUAUGGUUGUUCGUCUUUGCAGAUUCCAGCCACCUUAAAUAUCUAUUGACUGUGGACACUACGAUACUCCCGGUAGCGCAACAACUCGUUGAAUGGAGCACAAAUGAAUACUCACGCUUUUUCGCAUUUUUCAUUAAUUUACUUAUAGUGAAA